GGCAGCCCCUUCAAUUCAGGGGGAGAGAGAGAGAGAGAGAGAGAGAGAGAGAAAAGAUCAUCACUUGUAGAGACAGCAACUGCUCCGCUACCACGACCCAGUCGUCAAUGAAUCGAUCUAUGGCUUGUCUUUUCAUUUUCUCCUUCACAGAAUCAGAGCUAACCUUCUCUAUAUUAGAUUUUUUCCUCUUCCACUUCGCAGAUUACUUCUCCGAGCAGAGAAAUUGACAUUGGUUUCUCGAUGGUUUGAUGCUUGGCGACCUAAUUGGUGGAGCCCAAGUGGCACCGAAGAACAGGAGAUAAGAUUCUUGAUAGAUGAUCUUAAAGCACUUGGUGUCGUAGUUGUUGAAACAAAUUUUUAUUUAGUUGAAUUUUCUUAAAUGGUUUCGUGAAUGCUCAGUAUUCCUUAUUUUAUUCUGCAUUUUUUAAUGGAAAUAUCCAUAGAAUUUCAUCCUCGCACGCAAUAGUCAUGCCAAAUCUCUCUUUCUCUUUCUUGCCAUUUCUCUGCAAUUUGUCUGCAAAAAAGCCCUAAAAGAAACCCCCAAAUUCAAUCCUGCAAUUGAAGCUUUCACUUCUCUGGGCUAUCUGUAAUCAUGGAAACUCCAAUCCACACAGCGUCAAAAACCCAAAACUCCCAACAAUUCCUAAGCAACGUCCUCUCCGAACGCGGCCCCUCAGCCCUUCCUUACGCAGAAGAAGUAAAAUGGGUAAUCUGCCAACACCUUAUAGCCCUGAUUGAUACCUUUCCACCUCUCCAACCCAAGACAGCUGCUUUCACCCACAACGAUGGCCGCACAGUGAACCUCCUCCAAGCUGAAGGAACAGUCCCCAUGGUCUACCAAGACAUCAUGUAUUACAUCCCUGUUGUCAUCUGGCUAAUGGAAUCCUACCCUCGAGACGCUCCCUGUAUUUAUGUGACUCCAACUCGUGGCAUGAUCAUCAAACGCCCACACUCACAUGUUGAUCCUUCUGGUUUGGUCUCACAUCCUUAUCUCCACAACUGGAUUUACCCCAGCUCCAAUCUUGUCGAUUUGGUUUGUAAUCUCAGCUAUGUCUUCGGCAAUGACCCACCUGUCUAUUCUUCUCCCCAAGCCCAGGGAGCCAAUCCUCCCCCUAACCGUAGUCCCAAUUCAUUUUCUUCAUCAAGGUCCUCCUCUGUUCACCCACCAUAUGGUGGCAGUCGGUUCUUUCCACCAGCGCCUUCCCCACAGCAACAGCAUAUGGAGGAUCAGGGUGAAAUUUAUCGGAGGAAUUUGAUUAAUCAGCUUAUGGAGAAGUUACAUGUUGAUGCAGAGGGGUUGAGGAAGAACAGAGAGGCUGGAAUGGAAGGGUUGUUUGAUUUACAGGUAAUUUUAAGGCAGAGAGAUGAGUUGCUUUCAAUGGAGUUGAGGAAGUUUCAGGAGGAGAAGGAGGGUUUAGAGCAGGAAUUGCAGAUGAUUAUGAUAGAUACAGAUAUGUUGGAGUCAUGGUUGAGGGAGAAUGGAAGGAGGGGCGGGAAGGCAAAGAGUGUUGAGGUUGAGGAGGUUUUUGAGCUUUGUGAUGGGCUUUCCAGACAGAUGCUUGAGUGUACAGCUGCGGAUUUGGCUAUUGAGGAUGUAAUUUAUACAUUGGAUGAAUCUGUUCAGGAAGGGUCGGUCCCCUUUGAUCAGUAUAUGAGGAAUAUUAGAUCACUCUCGCGUGAGCAGUUCUUUCAUCGUGCCACGGCAACGAAAGCCAGAGAGUUGCAGAUGCAGUCUCAGGUUGCUAACAUGGCAACUCGGAUAUCACAAUAUAUUGGAGAGGUUGUGGUGUAAAUGUAUUAACAGUAUCUGCUUCAAAGGCUGCUUCAGAUGAGCUUGUAGAGAAAUGUUCUUAUUUGAAUUGGAUGAAUGGCCUGCAAUUCACUAUAUGCAAAUGGCUCUUAUUGCUUCAUGAUGGGGGUCUUGAAGUCCAUUUUGGCAGAGCAAGUAUGAAAAUGUAUUCAUUUCUAGGGAUAUCUUAAAGAUCUGUUUCUUGAAUAUUUUUGCUUAUACUUUUCCGUGUACAUGUCAUGACAUUCAGAUUUCACUUCCAUAAUUUGGCAUUGGAAGGGUAAAGAAUAGAGGUUUUGUCAGAAAUCAUAUAAAUGCAGAACAAUUCUAUUAUGUGCAGUUGUUUCUUAAUGUAAUUCAAACUUGCAAGUUCUUACAUUGAUAUUUGUUUUUUAAGUAUA